CAACGUUCUUAAAGUAUUUUAUUACUACUUUUGGUUUAUAUAAAUCCUAAAAUCAAAACCCGAACUUGUGUAAACACCUCGCCCACUUCCCUAUAAAAAGCUUAUACACAACACAGCAAUUUUCUAAAAUUCUCUUUAUCAUUUCGUACAGGUAUGGAAAAUCAGGAUCACACCAACGUUCUGCAGAAGCACGUUAUGUUCUUCGACCGAAAUAAUGAUGGGAUUAUUUAUCUGUCUGAAACUUUUGAAGGUUUUCGAGCAAUUGGAUGUGGGCUUUUGUUGUCGUCUGCUGCUGCCGUGUUUAUCAACGUUGGCCUUAGUGGAAAAACACGACCGGGGCAACCAUUCUCUAUUCAUUUUCCGAUUGAUGUGAAAAACAUUAAUUUGGCCAAGCAUGGAAGCGAUUCUGGUGUGUAUGACGCACAAGGAAGGUUUGUCCCGGUAAAAUUCGAGGAGAUAUUCAUCAAGCACGCACGAACUCAUCCAAAUGCCUUGACAUCUGACGAGCUCAAAAGUUUCAUGAAAUCUAACAGGGAGCCCAAGGACUAUGCCGGAUGGAUCGCUGGCCUAGCGGAGUGGAGAAUACUUUAUUACCUUUGCAAAGACAAACAGGGCUUGCUUCACAAAGACAUUGUUCGAGCUGCUUAUGAUGGAAGCCUUUUCGAACGUAUGGCCAAGGAGGAAGCAUCUAAGAAGCAAAAGUAAUUUCCAAAAAACGUGAAGAAAAGCUUCUAAUGUUGGGUGAAGCAGAGAUUUAGUUUGGUCUCUUGUUGAUCAAGGCAUCGCGUCUCGAAUUAUACUUAUGUAAUGCUGGUUUCUAAGAACAAGUAAUCUGUACAUGUUUCGGACCUUGAUUGUGUUUGAUUCUUUUGUGUAUGUAUGAAUAACUAGUGGCCCGUGCGAUGUACGGAGGAACAAUAUUACGAUUGUAUUGUAAAUUAAAUAUAUGUAUAUCAUAAACCAUAAUUUAUCUAUUGUUUUUAAAAGGCGAAUUUUCAUGUAUACCACGUGAUGUGGAAAAAAUUGGAAUUUGAUCGUGGGGCAAACUUGAUUUGCAUCUUUACAAAUUAUAUUUCAAUUAAAUGCAAAAAUGCAUUAAAUUAUGGGAUUUUCAUAUACGGAAUAAAG